AUGGCUCCGAAAAAGAAGGCAAACAGGGGGGCCAAGGAGCUCGAGGUCAAGAAGAAGAAAGGCGGCAAGAAGGAUCCCGGCGCGGCCGUGGACCAGACUGUAGUCGAGGAGAUUCGGAAGUUCUACCACAUCCAGAUCCGAGACCUGGAGGACAGGCUGGCUCGGUGGAACCACGAACAUCACGCCCGCGGCUCAGACCCCGGCUGUGCCCAGGAGUGCAGAUCGGGGGAGACAAGGCUGGAUUCCGCCCGGGGGGAACCUCGCGUGCCUCUCCGUGGGCGAGUCCUGCGGCGUGCGGCCCAGGUGCAGAGCCCUGGCUCACCCAGCCCCUGGCUCACCGCCCUGCCCUGCCCUCCACGCAGGUACCAGCGGAAGUGGGAUGAGCUGGCCGUGCAGGACAAGCUGUUCCACCAGGAGUUCGAGCAGCUGGCCACCAACAAGAAGGAGAUCGUGGCCUUCCUCAAGCGCACGCUCAACCAGCGGGUGGAUGAGAUCACCGACCUCAACGAGCAGCUCCAAAGCCUGCAGCUGGCCAAGGAGAUAGAAAAGGACGCUUUUGAGGCACAGCUGGCCCAGGUGCGGCACGAGUUCCAGGAGACCAAAGACCAGCUCACCUCGGAGAACAUCAUCAUUGCGGGAAAGCUGGCAGCCCUGGAGGAGUUCCGGCUGCAGAAAGAGGAGCUCAUGGAGAAGUUCACGUCGCUGGAGGACCAGCUGCAGAUGCAGGAGAAAGAAUUCAAGGAUUAUGUGUACAACCUGGAGAAGAAGUCGGUGCUGGACAAGGACAGAGUGAAGAAGGAAGUCAUUCAGCGCCUGAACAUGGUGGCCACCGAGUUCCGCAAGGUGGCCACGGACCAGAUGUGGGACACGACGAAGCGGGCCAUCCUGGAGAACAACACAGUGACCCUGCAGCUGUCCAAGGUCUCCAGGCACGGCAUGAGGCUGCUGCAGGAGAACGACCAGCUCAAGGGCACCCGGGACAAGAUGUCCAAACAGCUGGAGCUGCUGGAGGACAUUGUGAAGGCCAUGGCCACACACCGCAGAGACUACCGGCAGGUCAUCCUCAGGCUCACCCAGAAGUGCCGCAAGGAGCAGCAGGGCAGAGAGGAGGCUGAGCAGCUGGGCCUCCUGCUGAGCCAGCUGGAGCAGAACCUCCUGCAGCUGCAGAAGGACAAGGAGGCCCUGAGGUGCCAGAGGGACCAGCUGAACCUGCAGGCGGAACUGCAGCAGGCCAAGGCGCAGCAGCUGCAGCAGGAGCUGACCGAAGAGCGGAAGGUUCGGGCAAGCCUGGAGACGGCCCUGGACCAGGCCGCUGCCUUCCUACAGGACAUCCUGCAGAGGCCACCAGAGGAAGAGGACGGCGACUUUGACGUAGGGUACCACCUGCAGCACAGGCAGAUGCUACAGCAGCUGCUGGCCAUGCUCGGCUCAGCCACUGGCCUAAGGUCCCCAAUGAAAAGCCAGUCCCGGGGCCCUAAGGAGAGCACCCAGUGGCCCAAGGCCAGGUCUCUGCAGCAGCAGCUGUCGGCCAUCAAGCGCUACCAGCUGGGAGACCUGGGCCUGGUGCCCCGACGGGCCCACAUCCCACCCAACCCUGAGGACCUGAGGCUGCUGUCACACGCCACCCGUAUGAGAGCACUCCACUCACACAGGAACGGGGAGAUCCACAUCUCUGAUCCCCCAAAAAUGAUCAAAAAGUUCAGUUGCCCUGAAGUUUCCCUACUUUCUAAGUGA